UUGGGCAUGCGCACUGCGCUCAAACGGUUACGUGCUUCCUAAACAAACUCAAACUCUUAAGCCUCUUGGAAUUCCCAUCGGUUUACUUCUGAGAGUGUGUGAAGGGAACUGUCGCAUGCGGCCGUGUCCAUGGCAUCGUCCUCCGAGGUGAACGUUCACGUAGAGGAGGUGGUGGUCGUGACGACCCCGGACGGCUCAGAUCAGACCCCAUCAGUAGAAGUAAUGAAGACCAUGCUGGGCACCACAGACCUGGAACAGGCUCAGGUGAAUAUUAUGGAACAGAGUUUGGAUUCUGAAUCCAGCACCCCCAUCCCCAUCCCCAUUCCUAAGGAUGCAGUCCUUGUGAAGUUCUCUGAAGACUUGGACGUGGAGGCCGACAUUCUUUAUCAAAUCACAUGUGGUGACAACAAGGCAGACCUUGUGUGGAAAAAAUUUGUCUGCCCUGGUAUCAAUGUCAAAUGUGUGCAGUUCAAGGAUCAUCUGAUUAGUCCCAAAGAGUUUGUCUACCUAGCUGGAAAAUCCACUCUUAAAGACUGGAAGAGAGCCAUUCGUCUCAAUGGAACAAUGUUAAGGAAGAUCAUGGACUCUGGAGACCUUGACUUCUACCAGCAUGCCAAGGUGUGUUCUAACACAUGCCGCAGCACCAAGAUCGACCUGGUAGGGACGCGGGCUUCUCUCAGCAGCAGUCAGCAGGCCACCGAGAUCGCACCAGUAACGCCAUCUUCCACUGAUGUGAAUGGAUCUCCAGUGACUUUCUCCACAGAAACAUGUGACGACAGUACAGAGUGGGUCACAGCUAUAGGAGAGGACACCAUGACGUUUUGGAGAGGACUGAAGGAUGCGGGGCUGCUGGAUCACAUCAUGGAGGAUCUUCAGAGAGAGAUUGAGGAAAUUCUUGGAGGACUGCAGGAACGUAUACAGGAACCACCGCUACAGGUCGUAGAUGCAGCACUGCUCAACAAUAUUGUGCAGAACUUUGGGAUGUUGGACCUGGUUAAGAAAGUGCUGGCCAGCCACAAGAGUGAAAUGGAUCGUUGCAGAGAACAGUAUACUAGAAGCUUAGUGGCUCUGGAGCAACAGUGCGAUGAGCAUCGCAAACGAGCGAAGGAACUCAAGAGCAAAUCCCAGCAUCUUAACAAUGUUCUCAUGACGCUGGCCCCUGCAGGCGCGCCUCCUACCACCAAACGGCCCCGCCUUUCCCGCACUGCUUCUGGCCCCGCCUCCAUUAUGGCUCCACCUGCUCAGCCCACCCAGUUCGCCCUGCCCGUUACUCAGCUUGCAGGUUUCCCAUUGGACAAAAUACUGUCGGCCGUGGCAGCACCUGCUCCCACUCAGGCGCCUCUCUUUGGAGGCUACACGGUCCUGACAUCGCCAGCAGGUGGGGAGCUGCAGGCCGACUCACCCAGCCUCACUGUUCUGAGUUCAGCCACACUGCAGGAGGGGGCAGGAGCACCUGCCAUUGUGAAAGUGGUUAGCCCCUUUCAGCUAGUCACCCUGCCCACCCUGGGGACUGGUGCCACCCUGCAAAGCCUAGCUGCUCCAGCAGGGGUCAGCACGGUAGUAGCUGUGCCAGUGAAUACGGCUGCGAUAGAUGCAACAGUAGCUCAGGCAGAAGAGACAACAGAGGGCAACCUUGAGCAGCAGACCAAAGACAAGCAGUAAAAGCUGAUGAGAACUGGAGGAGCAAAUUCCAGCCACGGCCAAGUUUCACAAACAGUUGUCCAAAAUGUAUGUUUGUUUGUUUUUUUUAUGUGUGACAUGACACUUCAUGUGGGCAAUUUAUUUAGGGGAGGUGAGCCAAAGGUAAAAUUGUACAUUUCGUGUUGGGAAGCCUUGACCCAGAUAAAACUAUUCUUUAAUAAUUAGGAGACCUGCCUAGACUUUAAUGUUUUGGUCGUUCCUGUGCUUCACUUCCUCCCAAACUUCCAGAAUCGUCCUAGUCAGGCCGUAAUUACUUCUGAAAUGCUGUUUUUUGUUAUUUUUUGCCGUUUUUCUUAAAUGUUGCUUCACGAUUGCCUCAUACUGUUUUCAACAGCAUUGGAAACUUCGAAAACUGAUCUUGCUCUGUUCAUUGUGUUGUGUAGAUACUUGUUGAUAAACAUAAAAGUUGUGCCUUGUAUAUUUUGUGUUACUGAGAGAGAAAAAAUGUUUGAAUAAUAUUCCUCUGAUAAAGGUGCUUGUAGAAGAGACAAAGACAUGCUGUACUCAGGUGUGGCUGUGCUUCAGUUUGCACAGGGCUUGCUCAGGGCUUGCUGUUGGCCAGAGUCACCUCUUGCCUAAUGUCCCCCACCUCUAAUCGCUCUCUUCCUGCUCAUAUUGCAUUAGAAUCUUCAUAUAAAGUGAAAUUAUAGAGGUGAAACUCUUCUUUUAGGCGUCAGCAGGAAAUGACCUUGCAUAUGUUUUGAUGCAGAUGCAGAAAAGUAGUUAUAUCAGAGGAGUAAGGGAUACAACUAUAAAAAAGAACACAGAAUUUCUUAAACUAUUUAGUCUUUAUCAGUGCCUACAAAAUGAUGGUCAAGCACAGAAAUACACACAACCAAUCAAUACACAGUUAAAAACAGCAGCUCUUUCCUGGGCUGUUGAUUAUGUAGAGUGUCUCUACAUAUCAGCAGGUAUGUUUCUGCCAGUAAGUAAAAAGCUCUCCCCACUAGAAUGGUCACUAGACUUCACUCUAGCUCUAAAGAUUCGUCCUUUUUCAGGUAGAUGGAAGUAAUGGGCAUUCCUAAACAAUGUCCAUAUGCAGUGUUGACAGGGACUUUGGAGAGGUAAUGUGUGGUAAUAGGCCUGAAAUGUUAUAAUUUAUUAUGCAGAAGAAGGGUUUUAUAGAAGGGUUGUACAGUUUGCUUGUAAGCUGUAAAAAGUUAAUGUACAUUUUCUGAAUUUGCACACAUUUGCUUAGUCACACUGGUGCGGUACAAUAUGUAGGCAUAUUAAUAGUGAUAUAAAGUAAAAUUAUUUUGUGUACCCCUCAUGCUCAUUGUUUAUACUCCUAUAUACUUUUGGUUGUUUAUUUGUAUCUUCCUGUUUUUUAAUUCUAGUUGUAAUUAAACUGCAUUCAUUGUGAUGA